UUCUUCUCAUCCAUGCAUACGAUUACAACUACAGGCGUCUGUCCUUACGGUUGCUUAAUCAUCAGAUGGAAACUGUUGAAGUUCUGAGCACACUCUUUAUCGAUUCCUUCGGACGUGGUUGGAGAAUCAUUGGUUCUUGCAAUGGCUUGCUUUGCGUGGAACUCGAUACUGAUCAAGGAAGGUUUCCUAUUUCACUUUUGCUGUGGAACCCAGUGACCAAUGAGGCUUGAUGUGUACGGAAACAAACUUGCUAUGUGUGAUGGUUACUACGUUGAGGCCGAAGACUCUAAAACUUAUUCCAUUGAUAUGUGGGUGGUCGAGGAGGGUGCUAGUAAAUCUGGGAAGAGUUAUAGUUGUACUGAGAAAUGUAGGAUUGGACCACUUUCAAAUGUUUUACGGCCCUUGUGUAUUUGGAGGAAUGGAAUAGUCUGCUGUAAAGAAAAAAGUGAAGAAAGUGAGGCUGAGGUGGGGGCUGACUCAGGAAACUUACUAUAUCUGUUCAAUGUCACUACUAAGGAAUGGAAGAAGUUCCACAACUGUUCUGCUGCCUAUGACCAGUGUGAUAUUUUUAAUUAUGAGAAAAGCCUUCUGUCUGUUUUGCAACAUCUAGGUUGACUGAUAGGCCU